GACCAACUUUCAACAGUUCCUGUUGUAAACCCAAUAACGUUACUAGUUUGAUGUUUCUAUUAUUGUAAUCUAAGCAAUUAUGGUUAGGCCAACUAGACCAAGUCAACUAACUAACGCAUUCCGACUAUGGCUGCUUCCAAAUGCAUCUUGUCUCCACGAGUUUGGAAAACUCCACUUUCCAGGUGUAUUCAACGAGCCGCAAGUGUUCUGAACACAGCGAAGGGGACUUUGUCAAGACCAGGAGCCCAACACUGUCCCCCCAUGGAGGAGAGCAGAGGAGCAGGAGGAGAGGUGGAGGAGAACCAGGUGUUGAUGGAGGAGAGGGGUGUCUCUCCUGGAGAUUCCCCAGUGACGGAGGAGGGUUCCCCAGCCGUGGUCCGGCCCCGUGACCCCCCCACCUCCACCCUGCAGGACUCAGGGCCUCGGAAGAGCAGCUCCUCCCGGUCCUCGAGGAAGAGCUUCCGUCUGGACUACCGGUUGGAGGAGGAGGUGACGGGGUCGAGCCGGGACAAACAUGGCCGCUUUACUAACCCCUGGCCCACGUGGAAGUUCCCGUCCUGGUCCACCCUGCUGCGCUUCUUCCUGCUGGAGAAGAAUCACAGUAAUGUACCCAGCUCUAAAGAGGUCUUAGACAAAGAGCUCCCAGUAGUGGAGCCUUGGUUCCUCCGUGUCCCUGAGGCAGCAGACGGAGCCGUGGGUUCUGGUCUCAGGGUGACCUGGCUGGGCCACGCAUCAGUCCUGGUAGAGAUGGACGGCCUGGUCAUCCUCACUGACCCCAUCUUCAGCCAGAGGGCAUCUCCCUUCCAGUUCAUGGGCCCCAAGAGGUACCGGGGUCCCCCUUGUACUGUUGAUCAACUCCCCCGGAUCGACGCAGUCGUCAUCAGCCACUCCCACUACGACCAUCUGGACGCGGGCACCGUGACCCAGUUGAACGAGCGGUUCGGUGGGGAUCUCCGAUGGUUUGUGCCGUUGGGACUCAUGGACUGGAUGCAGAAGAGCGGGUGUGAGAAUGUGAUCGAGUUAGACUGGUGGGAGGAGAACUGUGUGCCAGGUCACGAUGAAGUCACGUUUGUGUGUACGCCGGCGCAGCACUGGUGCAAGCGCACCCCCACGGACGAUAACCAGGUGCUGUGGGGUAGCUGGUCUGUCCUGGGGCCCUGCAACCGCUUCUUCUUCGCUGGAGACACCGGCUACUGCUCCUCCUUCCAGGAGAUAGGGAGGCGAUUUGGUCCGUUCGACCUGGCUGCCAUACCCAUCGGAGCGUACCUGCCCAGAGAUGUAAUGCGUGGACAGCAUGUGGACCCAGAGGAGGCUGUGGAGAUCCAUAAAGACAUCCAGGCCAGACACUCCCUGGCUAUUCACUGGGGAACCUUCGCUUUAGCUUACGAGUAUUACUUAGAGCCUCCAGUGAGACUCAGGGAGGCCAUGGAGAAGAAUGGGUUGAAUGUGGAGCACUUCUUUGUCCUGAACCAUGGAGAAUCUAGAGUGCUGAACACAGACCAGGAAGUCUUUGAAUGAUUGGAUCAAAAUGGUGCCUAAGCCCCUCCCACAAUCUGGAGAAGACUAAACAGCACUGUGGCUUAAAGCAUACAGCUGAAUCCAUGGAUAAGCUCUCGUCGUCAUCAGUCUAGUUGAUGGUGUACUAGAGAGUUAGAAUGAUGGCGACUAUCAAAUGAACACCCUGUCCAUUUAUCCAAUGAUUGUUUUUCUAUGCCAAAUGUCUGACGCCAGAACUGUCAAGAAGAAACAUUUCUGAAAAUGUUUUGCUGAUGAUGUGUUAUCGUAUAGCUGUAGUGUUUUCAGUUGUGUCAAAGUGAUGAAUGUGUGUAUUUUACACACUGGACACACUACACGUCAUUCUGCUCCGACUUGCACAUUGUUGCUGUGCACACAACUACAAUUGUAUGGGCUUCAUAGUCCAGCACAUUCACCAAUCACAUUCUGUCGAGUUAUGUAACCAAAUCUUCUGGAGUCAUCGAUAUGCUGAACAGUUCAUGUGUACUAUACGCUGUGUAAUACACUGUAUGUACUUGGACGUUGCAAUAAUGUUUUAGUAGGUGUGGAAACACGCUGUUGUAUGUGGGGUUUUUCACCCUCCUCCGGUGUUACAGCUGUCAUUAAAACUGCUCUCUGAUGGA